CCGACGGCUCCGCUUCCCAAGAGCCCUGGCAGGGCACGGGGAGAACAGAGGGUGAUUCAUAGCCAGGACGAUGCUCUGGGCUCCGCAGUGCUGGCCGUGGCUCUGCACGGAGCUAUGACACCAGGAUUUGGAAGCCUCAUGCAGGAUGUGCUGUGGUGCUUCAGUCAAGUAAAAGGAACUACAGAUACCGGAGUGACAGAAUCUGACAUCAUCUCCACAGUUGAGUUCAACCACACUGGAGAGUUACUGGCAACAGGGGACAAGGGGGGCCGGGUUGUAAUAUUUCAGCGUGAGCAGGAGAGCAAGAACCAGCCCCACCGCAGGGGAGAGUACAAUGUCUACAGCACCUUCCAGAGCCACGAGCCGGAGUUUGAUUACCUGAAGAGCCUGGAGAUUGAGGAGAAGAUCAAUAAGAUCCGAUGGCUGCCGCAGCAGAACGCGGCGUAUUUCCUGCUCUCCACCAACGAUAAGACUGUGAAGCUCUGGAAGGUCAGCGAGCGGGACAAGAGACCAGAGGGAUACAACCUCAAGGAUGAGGACGGGCGUCUCCGAGACCCCUCCAUGAUCACCGUGCUGCGGGUGCCCGUGCUGCGGCCCAUGGACCUGAUGGUGGAGGCCACUCCCCGCAGGGUGUUUGCCAACGCACACACCUACCACAUCAACUCCAUCUCCGUCAACAGCGACUACGAGACCUACAUGUCCGCAGAUGACCUGAGGAUAAACCUGUGGAACUUUGAAAUCACUAAUCAAAGUUUUAACAUCGUGGACAUCAAACCAGCCAACAUGGAGGAGCUGACGGAGGUGAUCACGGCGGCCGAGUUCCACCCGCACCACUGCAACACCUUCGUGUACAGCAGCAGCAAGGGCACCAUCCGCCUGUGCGACAUGCGCACGGCCGCGCUGUGCGACCGCCAUGCCAAGUUUUUUGAAGAGCCUGAAGACCCAAGUAACCGGUCAUUUUUUUCUGAGAUCAUCUCCUCAAUCUCUGAUGUCAAAUUCAGCCACAGUGGAAGGUACAUCAUGACCCGGGACUACCUCACUGUCAAGGUGUGGGACUUGAACAUGGAGAACCGGCCCAUUGAGACCUACCAGGUCCAUGACUACCUGCGGAGCAAGCUCUGCUCGCUCUACGAGAACGACUGCAUCUUUGACAAGUUCGAGUGUGUCUGGAACGGCUCUGACAGUGUCAUCAUGACGGGCUCCUACAACAACUUCUUCCGCAUGUUCGACCGCAACACCAAGCGCGACGUGACGCUGGAGGCGUCGCGGGAGAACAGCAAACCCCGCGCCAUCCUCAAACCCCGCAAGGUCUGCGUGGGUGGGAAGCGCAGGAAAGAUGAGAUCAGCGUGGACAGUCUGGACUUUAGCAAAAAGAUCCUGCACACAGCUUGGCACCCCUCCGAGAACAUCAUUGCUGUGGCAGCUACAAACAACCUGUACAUAUUCCAGGACAAGGUUAACUAGGAGGGCCAGGUGUUCUUUAGGAGUCUCAUGUACUGAUACCAGUAAACACAAGGUUUCAACUGUU